AUGGCAAUAAGUACUGCAGUUGCCUCCAAUACAAUAGUCCUCGAAGUUCUUCAUAAUCUUGACCAACAUAACUAUCAAGAUUGGAGUUCCCGGGUGGAGACUUUCUUGUCGGCUGAAGAUUUGUGGGAUGUCGUCAAAGCUGAACCUUCAGCUGAACCAAAAGAUGGGGAACCUGAUGAUGAGUACAAGGCUUGGAUGAAGAAAAAUGCCAAGGCUUUGCAUGCAAUUAAAGUUUCUUGCGGGACUCAAGUGUUCUCUAUUAUCAGGGAAGCUCGAACGGCCAAAGUAGCCUGGGAUAAUUUGGAGCAAGCGUACAAUUCGAAUAAUAUUAGAUUACAUUCAGAAUCAAAAGAAGAGCAAGAGCAAGAGACGGAGAAAGAGCCGGAAAUUGAAGACACGGAAGGUAGCUCCAGCUAUGAGCCUUUCUUUGAAUCUGUGGUGGCUGGUGAGUUGGAUAAUGUAAACAAGUGUUUUGCAGCACUACAUGAUGAUCCCAAUGUACUAAGAUUCAGAGUUCCCGAGGUCGGAUACACGGCACUUCAUUGUGCAGCAUUGAAGGGGCAUUUGGAGAUUGUGAGAAAGUUCGUUCUAUUGAUGACACCAGAAGAUAUGGAAAUAAGAGACAUCAAUGGUUACACAGCUCUUCAAUUAGCAGUAGACAUUGGACAUGUAAAUAUUGUGAAAGAGUUGUUGCUGAAGAUGAGGCCAGAAGGUUUGGGGAAAAAAAACACAAAGGGUGCUACAGCUCUUCACACAGCUGCCAAACUUGGGAAUGUGGAAAUUGUGAAAGAGUUGGUUAAAAAAAUGCAAAAACAAGAUCUGGAGAUUAAAAAUCAAUCAGGUUUUACAGCUUUAGGUUAUGCCCUAAUGGCACGCAACGAGGGCGAAGACAAAUGCACUGAAGCAGAGAUGAUCAAAAUGGCUGAAUAUAUGGUUGAAAAGAACCAGGAAAUACUAACAAUGGUCCUUCCGCCCAACAAUUUAAUUCCAGUUGUAGAGGUUUGUAACGAGUUUAAAUGGGAUGUGGUUCGUUAUCUAUGUUCUGUUACUCCACUCGAGGCUUUAAUGCCUCCAAAGAACGCAUCACAGGGUGCUACCCUUAUUUGCUGUUGUUUAGAACAGCAGAAGUUUGAUAUUGCGAGGGAUUUACUUGCACGUUGCCCAAGCUUGGCCACUGUUGCAGAUUUACGUGGAGAUGGAGAUGAUUCUCCUAUCUUGGUAUUGUCUCGUAUGCGUCCUGUAUUCUUGAGGGAAUUCGAAAUGCAACUCAGAUUUUGGCAAAAAUGGAUCUAUAAAAGUAUAAGAAAACCGGCUGUUUCUAAAGACCUUCCUGAUCUUUCUCAAACUGUUCCUACAAAUGUUUCAAACUCACAAGAUGAUCAAGGCAGUCAUGAGGAUCCCAUUAUUUCACCUGUAAGCAUACAACCUCAGGCUGAUUCUAACCUUGAUGAAGUUUCAAUAAACGUUUCAAACAUAGAAGUUAAUCAAGGCAAUCAGAAGCUUGUCCUUAGCUCAGUUAUAAGCUUACUGUCACUUCCGGCUGAUUCUGAAGUUAAUCAAGCUAGUCAUGCGCAUCUCAGCCCAGGAAUCAAUCUUAUACAUAAAACGAAGUCUAUCCAUGAUCAAAUCGUUGAAUGUAUACGGUAUAUGGGUAAAGCGACAAGUACUGAGCAACUUGACCUUGCCAUGGUGAAAAAUUCAAUCUUUGAAGCUGUAAAACAAGGAGACGUGGACUUUGUUACUCACAUGUGUAAUGAAAAUCGCCAGCUUGUUGAUGUGUACGAUGAAGAAGGGAGGACCAUAUUUCAUAUGGCCAUUGAAUGUCGUCAAGAAGAAAUUUUUAAUCUCAUAUUUGGGCUGAGCGAUCAACUGAGAAAAGAGUUUGGCCGUAAUUUUACAUUCUCAAAAAAUAGUAUGCUACACAGUGCAGGAAAUUUACCUCCACCUUCAUUAUUUAAUCAUAUUCACGGUGCAACUUUACAAAUACAACGAGAACUGCAAUGGUUUCAGGAGGUGGAGAAGGUUGUACCUCCAGGAAUGCACGAGUGUCGAAAUACAUCAGAAAAAUCAACAGCUCGUGAACUAUUUCAUAGAAAUCACCAGAAAUUGACGGAGGAAGCAGAAAAAUCAAUGAAAGGAACAGCAGCUUCUUGCACAGUUGUAGGCUCUCUCAUUAUCACCAUGAUGUUUGCGGCAGCAUUUACAGUUCCUGGUGGAACCGAUAGCGCCACAGGCUUUCCCGUAUUCGUGGACAAAAGUUUUUUCAUGGUUUAUAUAAUUGCAGACACUGUGUCACUCGUUAUGUCCACCACUUCUGUCUUGAUAUUUCUGGGAGUUCUCACGUCACGUUAUGCAGAAGAUGAUUUUCUUAAUAAUUUGCCCACAAAGAUGAUGAUAGGCCUCUUCACUCUCUUUGUCUCCAUUGUCACCAUGAUGAUGACAUUUUAUUGUGGCCUUGUGCUGAUGCUUCGUGGAGAACACUCAUGGAUCGUUACUCCGAGCGUUGUGGUUGCCAGUGUUCCAGUCAUUUCGUUUGCUUGCAUGCUCUUUCCCCUCCUUGUUCAGACUUUCAAAUCUACAUAUGGACGAGGAAUAUUCGGAAGGAAAGUCGAGUGCCAGAGAUGGUCGCAGAGCACUAAAGUGUGA